CUUUGAAGGCUUAGCUGUGGCUGCUGAGGUCAUUGCACUGGGAAAAAAAAUAGACUGACUCCCUCCACUACACCGCCUCCAUUUUGAAUAGCCAUGUAAUAGGGGAUUCGCAUAGUUUUUGUGUGUAUCGCCCACUGCGCCGCGUAGUGUCAACAAGCCACAUCCAAACAUCCUUCGACAUGGACGACCUGUUCAGUCCGCGGAGGAGCCUGAACAGCACUCAGGGCGAGAUAAGAGUGGGACCAAGUCAUCAGGCCAAACUUCCAGAGUUGCAGCCGCGGCCUGGUAUUGGUUUACAGACUCAGACAGAGAGUGAGGAGCUGAUGUGGACGCCUGGGGUCAAUGACUGUGACCUUCUCAUGUACCUCAGAGCUGCCAGGAGCAUGGCGGCAUUUGCUGGGAUGUGUGAUGGUGGAUCCACGGAGGACGGAUGUCUGGCGGCCUCCCGUGAUGAUACCACUCUCAACGCGCUCAACAUGCUACAUGCAAGUCAUUAUGAUGCAGCCAAAGCUCUCCAGCGUCUGGUGAAGAAGCCUCUACCGAAGCUUAUUGAGAAAUGCUGGUCGGAGGAUGAUGUGAAACGCUUCAUCAAAGGCCUGAGACAGUACGGAAAGAAUUUCUUCCGCAUCCGGAAAGAAUUUCUGCCCAGCAAAAAGACAGGAGAGCUGAUCACUUUCUAUUACCACUGGAAGAAAACUCCUGAGGCUGCAGGAACGAGAGCUUAUCGACAGCAGCGCCGACAGCCGUCCUCUCGCAAAGCAAAAACUCGCUCUGCGGCAGUUCCUGUUACCCCAUCGCGAAAUUAUUCAGUGGAUGUGAGUUCUGCCAGUGAGGAUGACCUUGAUAGUGAAGACAGCGAACAGGAAGUCAAGAGCUGUGGCCACUGUGGUACAACAACUUCUAAGGAUUGGCAUCAGGGGCGAAGAGACAACCCACUGCUCUGCACGUCUUGUCGCACAUAUGAAAACAAACAUGGAUGUCUUCCGCCAGCUCCAAAAUCUGCAGGCGCUCCAUUCAUGUUCAAACCUGUCAAAGAGGAAGAGGAGGUGAACAGCAAGCAUGGCAUGAGGACGCGGCGGAGCAGAGCACCUCAGCUUUCAUCUUUAAGAAGUGGCCACAGGAGGCUGACGGGCUCGCCCACCAGCGAGGAUCAGCAGUCCAGCAGCCAGCCCUCCCUGAGCGGAGCAACUUCUAAUUCUUUGAGAUCGUCUUCCACAGAUAACAAGAAUGAAUCCAGCAAGAAGACGAACAAGAAGAUAAAAGAGGAAGUGAUGUCACCAAAGACAACAAAGCGUGUACGGGAGAUUCCCGCUCAGGAGCCCGACGAACCUGAAAAAGUUACACCGAAAAGGCCGAAGACACGGGAUCCACGGGGUUCGCGGUCGGAGGGAGAGGCCGAGGUAGAGGAGGAAAGCUCCUCAGAAAGCCGCAGCGCUCAGGACGACGGCAGCAGUGACACCAAAGACAUCGAUCAGGACAACCGGAGCUCCUCUCCCAGUAUUCCUAGCCCGCAACAAGGCAACGAGAGCGACUCUGACUCAUCUGCCCAGCCAAACGGCGUCCCAUCAGAGCCAGUUGCUCCUGCUGCUGUGCUGGCUGACACACCAGUCACACAGGCUCUCCCCUCUCAGGGUCCUACCAUCACUCCUCAGCCAACGCAAAGCACUCCCCCUGCUGAUUCUGCUCAGAGCCCCCCUCCUCCUUCUCCAGACCCCCCUCAGCCAGCCGCCGGGCAGUCAGCUGCCACAGAGGGUCCGAACAUCCGACCACAGCCCGCCUCUCACUCUCUGUCUGGUCCACCUCCUCUUCCAUCAGCACCGGGUCAGGACUCUCCUCUUUCUCCAGCGUUUCAGGUCCCGCCUGCUCUCAACUCUGCACAGCCUCUGCAACCUCGUGGCCCGUCACCUCAGGCCCCCCAGCGACCCCCGCCCUUCUUCAGGGAGUCUCAGCUCCCCCAGUCUCCCCAGUCUGGCCCACAUAUCAAGCCUCCUCCCACCACUCCCAUUCCACCUUCACACAAACAGAUGCCACACCAUUCUGCUCCACCUUUCCCUCAGAUGCCCUCCAAUCUUCCCCCUCCCCCUGCUCUAAAGCCGCUCAACGCUCUGCCAAACCAGCAUCCCCCUGGUGCCCCCCCUCCCCCUCUUCAGCUCAUGCCGCAGCCUUUGCCAAUGCAGUCCAUUCCCACCCAACUUUUUUCUGUGUUUAAAAAAAAACUGCAUAUGCAGGCUAAUUUUGGUCACCCACCUCCUGCUGCAGCUUCACACUCUCUCACCUCCGCACCAGCUUCUGCCAUUGGCCCUGUCCCGAGCCUCCAGCCGUCAUUCCCGACUCUUCCUCUGAGACCCUCGCCGAGCUCCACAGCAGGAGGAUCACAAGUUCAGAUAAAAGAAGAGCCAGUGGAUGAGAUUGAAGAGCCUGAGAGCCCACCGUCUCCGCCUAGGAGCCCCUCGCCAGAACCCACCAUCAUCAACAUGGCGAGCCAUGCCAGCCAGUCUGCGAGGUUUAUCAAACACUUGGAUCGUGGUUACAACUCCUGUGCCAGAACAGACCUGUUCUUCACGCCGCUUUCGUCCUCCAAACUGGCCAAGAAAAGAGAGGAGGCCGUGGAGAAGUCCAGGAGAGAAGCUGAGCUCAGUGCUCGACAAGAGCGCGAAAGAGAGAAAGACAGAGAGAGAGAGAGAGAAAGGGAGGCCGACAGAAAUGCGAGAGCCUCCAGCUCCUCCCACGACAGUCGUAUGAGUGAUGCACAGAUGACGGUUCAGGUUCACGGACGUCCCUCUUUUGAGCAGCCGCCCACCACUGUGGCCGCUGUGCCCCCCUACAUUGGUCCUGAUACUCCUGCUCUCCGCACCCUGAGCGAAUACGCCCGACCACAUGUCAUGUCCCCCACCAACCGCAACCAUCCUUUCUACGUGUCACUGAGCCCGGGCGACCCCCUGCUGGCCUACCACAUGCCUGGCCUGUAUAGUGCUGAGCCCAGCCUCAGAGAGCGCGAGCUGAGGAACCUCCGCGAGAGGGAGCUCCGCGAGAGGAUGAAGCCCGGCUUUGAGGUCAAGCCCCCAGACAUGGAAACUCUACACCCCUCAGCCAACCCCAUGGAGCAUUUUGCCAGACACGGGGCCAUCGGUCUUCCCCAUAUACCGGGGCCUCCGCACCACUUUGCACCUUUCCAUCCCGGGCUGAACCACCUGGAGCGGGAGAGGAUGGCGCUGGCAGGACCUCAGCUGCGCCCAGAGCUGAGCUACGCAGAGCGGCUCACUGCAGAGCGGCUCCACGCAGAGAGGAUGGCGUCUGUGGCGACCGACCCUGCUGCCAGGCUGCAGAUGCUCAAUGUGACGCCGCAUCAUCACCAGCACUCACACAUUCACUCCCACCUCCACCUGCACCAACAGGAUCCCCUCGGCCAAGGUUCAAGCCCUCAUCCUCUUGUGGACCCCAUGGCAACAGGACCACGUCUGGCUCGGUUCCCCUUUCCUGGCGGUCCGAUCCCCAAUGCUUUACUCAGCGAUCUUCCUCAUGAUCAUGAGAUGCUGCGCCACCCACUGUUUGGAGCUGCAUAUCCACGAGAGCUGCAGGGCCCGAUUCCUCAGAUGUCCGCUGCUCACCAGCUCCAGGCCAUGCACGCUCAGUCUGCAGAGCUGCAGAGGAUGGCGAUGGAGCAGCAGUGGCUGCAUGGGCAUCACCUGCAUGGAGGCCCUCUGCCGAGUCAGGAGGAUUAUUACAGCCGUCUGAAGAAAGAAGGUGACAAGCCAUCUUGAGUGCCAGGUGGUGCAUGCCCUGAAACCCGACACUCGUACCCAAAUAGAAUACUGUGUACUUUUAAGACUGUAAGAGAAUAUGUGUGUCGAUUUUUUGGGGUUUUGUUUUAAUAUAUUUUAGAAAAAUCUUUGUGGAUCUUUAUGUGCAUUCCUUGUUCAGCACUUACUGGGACUGUCAAAGUCCGUCUGAGUUUUUCAUAUCACUUAAGACUUUAUACUAGUUUUAUUAUCAAAAUAACGAUCCAGUCUCACCCGUUUGCUUGAGAUUUAAAGUGACAGAUUUUCUCUAACAUAAUGUAGGAUUGUUUCAUGAAUUUGCUAAAACACAGCUCUUUUAAAGGAUAUGAAAACAGACUGACUUUGGUGUUGAGUUUAAAUAUCUAUGAUUUCUAAAUCGUUUCCUUGUACAGAAUGACAUUUAAAUCAGUGUUUGAAUGAUUGUAACGACCUAGCAUGACUCAGCCUUCAUUUUUCACCAAACUAGAGUAGCAAGUUGCAUUGUGGUGUUUAGACUUUGAAAUAUUAAUAACAGUAAUAAGCAUAGUAGAGGUUGGUUUUACUCUUAAAUCUGCUAAAUAUUUGUCUAAAUCCUAAAGUUUUAUAUAUCAAGAUAUCUUUUCACAGUAUAACCGAAGCUUUUAUUCGCUCAUUUUUUGAGACUGUAAAUAUUACAUGUUCACAAUAUUCUAUAAGAAUGAGUACUAUUGAUAUAGCAGUAGAAGUGAACACUUGACCCUUGAUUCAGCACGAUAGCAGUAAAUCAUAAGCUAAAACAGUAUAUAGUAUUAUAAGGCGAAAUAAUUAUUAAUUGGACCAUGAUCUGUCACUGCGGACAGAACGCUUUACUAGAAUGAUGUAUUAACAUUGUUUUGAGGAGAUUGACUAAAUUGGAGAGAAAUUAAAUCUUGAACAUUUUAAUUGAAUAUUUGAAAGAACUGCCUCUAAAUUCAAUAUUUAUGUGACAUAACAUGAAAGUGUAUCCAUUGCAUAUUUAUUUCAAUAAAUAUUUCUGCAAUGACACCUU